CAGGACACGUAAUCGCUAGUGUGUGUGUUGGAGGUUCCUCCGUGGCGGCAGCUUCCUGUUCGGCUGAGCUUUUUCCUGUCAUUUGCGAAGGGAAGCGGGAGCAGGUCUGCAGUGAUGGACCGGGGCGGGAUGAAGCACCGGGAAGGGGGACCGCGAACAGAAAUGAGCGGCUACAGUGUAUACGAAGAGGAAAACGAGCGGCUGACUGAGAACCUAAAGAUGAAAGCCAGCGCUUUAAAAUCUCUUUCCAUCGAUAUUGGAAAUGAAGUGAAAUAUCACAAUAAAAUGUUAGGAGAAAUGGAUUCCGACUUUGACUCAACUGGUGGACUUUUAGGUGCUACAAUGGGCAGACUGAGGAUUUUGUCACGAGGAAGUCAGGCAAAGCUCCUUUGCUACAUGAUGCUCUUUGCCUUAUUUGUUUUCUUUGUCAUUUACUGGUUUAUAAAACUUAGGUGAUGGGUCAGUUUAUUUUAGUUCAUAUUGUGCCAUCAUUCAGUUCUGGCUGCCCUUGUGUAGUGAACCAUUCAUUGUUCUUCGGAUUGAUUGAUUGAUUGAUUUAAGGCCCUACUGAGGAAUCAGGCAUAUUUAUUUACAAAACAACCCAGGGAAGCCUGUGAAGCAGAUGCAGGAAUGAAAAUUGGAGCUUUCAUUUCCAGACAAUAAUAGGGGACCACUGUACAACUGUGAAGGAAUGUGAUGUAUGGCAUUUGCUAGAAUUACAGAGACCAGAUAUUAAGGACGUGUACCACUGUUUUUUUUUAAUAUUUCUGGACAAGCAUGAAAAAUUACAACUGUUCAUCUGCAACAGAUGCUACUCUUUAUUCUUCACACAAAAUACUGUAAUUUGAAAGUUAAAAUGUAAUAACAAGGGCCAGAUACUAAACCGCUUAGAUAUUAAACAGCACUUUAAUAUUUUA